AUGAACAAUUCAACCGAAUUCACAUCUUGUUCUCGCGAGGUCUCUACACUGUUUAUAACGAUAACGUCCGUCAUCAGCUUUGUAGCGUUCACCGGGAACCUUCUUGUGACAGCGACGUUCUUUAGCACACCAAGCCUUAGAACCAGCACCAACUUCUACAUUGUCAACAUGGCUAUCUCUGACAUUUUCGGCUCCUGCUUCAAUUGGUUGCUUUACGCAGUCGAAGGAAUGCUAACGAGUAGAACCUUGAUCAACGGUCACUCAGCUCCAAUUUUAUGCAAAGUUGGGAUGUAUUCCAGGGCCGUUUCACAACUUGUGUCUGUGCUGAGCUUGGUUUUAAUCGCUUUUGACAGAUACAUCGCUGUUGUGUUUCCUUUGAAGGAAAUAUCUUUUGGAAUGGACCAGGGAAGAGUUCGCCUAACAUUAUCACUUUUCACUUGGUUGAUAGCGCUGGCUUAUGGCUAUCCUUACAUCCUCUACGCUGAAGUGGUCAAAGUGGAUGAUCAAACGUUUUGCAGAGCAGUGUGGAAUUCCAAAUUGGUGGUCGCAAUAUUCAAUGGGGUCGGCUUCUUGUUGUUCUUCUGCACUCCUCUGAUAACAAUUGCCAUUCUUUAUUCCCGCAUUUUAAAAGCAUUAAGAGAACGGCCAGCCACCCAAAAUGCUACGAAAAUAAAAAAUCAUAAGCAAAACCAGCAUAAGAAAGUAACAAAAAUUCUGAUCUCGAUUGUUGUCACAUUUUUCGUCUGUUGGACUCCACUUUGUGUUUACCUGACUCUGAAAAUGUUUCGACCAAACCUUUUCCUCAAGGACAAGUGCCAUAUUAUUGUAGCCUUGUUCUUUUAUAUUUUUCCAACUCUUAACACAGCAACAAACCCUCUUAUUCUUUUUGUGUUUAGCACAAAUUUUCGAAUUGCCCUGGUGAACCUAAUU